AUGUCCACUCCUUUGGCGUUCCUCAGCACGCUCCCCGCCCCGCCGCCGGGCACGUCCCUGGGCGACCAGCUCGCGGAGCAGGUCACCGACUCCGGCCGCUGCCGCACCCUCCUCGACUGUCUCUGCACCACCGACAGCCCCGCCCUCUGGUCCCCCGACGCCGCCCGCCCCGCGCUCCCCCACCGCGCCCUCCACGAAUUCAUCUCCUCCUUCGCCCUCCCCACCUCGGGGCUGCACCCCAGCCUCGGCCCGAACGACCGCGUCAUGGUCGUCCUCCCCACCGGGCCCGAGAACGCCCUCGCCCUGCUCGCCCUCGCCGCCUACCACACCUGCGCGCCCGUCAACGCGAGCUGCACCGCCGCCGAGCUCUGCGAGGACGCCCGCCGCCUCGGGGCCAAAGCCGUCGUCGCCACGCCCGACGUCGCCGAGCGCCUCGAGCUGCGCAAGCUCCGCGCCGCGCUGCGCUGCGAGGUCGUCUUCGUGCACGCGCGCCCCGCGGGGCCCGCGGGGCUGUUCGACAUGACCGUCAUGGACGAGAGCGACGACGACCGGACGUGGGACGUUGUCGAUCGGCGGGAGCGGCGCCCGUCGCGGCUGCACGCGCUCGACGAUCAGUCGCUCGUCCUGCACACGUCUGGCACCAGCGGGAAGAAAAAGGUGGUGCCAUACAGCCUGCGCUCGCUGAUCGUCGGGACGUGCGCGGUGAUCAAGUCUUGGGAUCUGCAGCCGGGCGACGUGAACAUGAACAUGAUGCCGCUAUUUCACGUCGGCGGCAUUGUCCGGAACCUGUGGGCGCCCAUGUUCUCUGGCGGCAGCGCGAUCAUGUGCGCCGGCUUUGACGCGUCCGCGUUCUGGCCCAUCGUCGUCGAGCGCGGCGCCACUUGGUACUACGCAGCGCCGACCAUGCACCACGCCAUCCUCGCGUCCAGACCGGAUUCCCUCGUCCCGUCGCGCGACACGCGCAUGCGCAUGAUCGCAAACGCCGCCGGCGGGCUCCUCCCCACCCUCGCCGCCGAGCUCCGGCGCACAUUCGGCGCCGUCAUCCUCCCCUCGUACGGCAUGACCGAGUGCAUGCCCAUCGCGUCCCCGCCCACCACCUACCAGCUCGACCGGCCCGGCUGCUCCGGCGUCGCCUGCGGGCCCUACCUCUCCAUCCGCGACCCCGCGGACCUCGAGCGCGAGCUGCCCACAGGCGCCACCGGCGCCGUCUGCGUGCGCGGGCUGCCGACGUUCGACGGGUACGAGCUCGCGCCCGGCGCGCCCCUCGACACCUCCGCGUUCACCCGCGAGGGCUGGUUCGACUCGGGCGACAUGGGCUGCAUGGACGCGGACGGCUACCUGUACAUCACCGGCCGCUCGAAGGAGAUCAUCAACAAGGGCGGCGAGGUCGUCUCGCCGUUCGAGAUCGAGGAGGCCGUCGUGUCCGCCGCCAAGGACAGGGUCAAGGCGACGCUCGCGUUCUCGGCCGAGCAUGAUGUCCUGCAGGAGACGAUCGCCGUCGUCGUCGUCCCCGUGCCCGGCCGCCCGCGGAUCAGCCUCGCGGACCUGCACGACCUGCUCAAGGCGAACCUGCACCCGUCAAAGUGGCCGUUCGCGGUGGUCUACAUGGACGACCUGCCCAAGAACAAUGCGGGCAAGCCGCUGCGUAUCAAGCUCGCGCAGCGCCUGGGUCUUGGGUGCCUGACCGACGACACGCCUGCUCUCGCGCGCCAUUUCGAAGCCACCGCCCCGGACAAGAACACGCCGCUGUCGGAGCCCAUUCCGUGCAAGCGCGUGUCGCUCGACCUGUCGCGCGUCGAACAGGCGAUGCACAGCAUGCUUGGCGUCCAGGAAGUCGCUGUCAGGUUGAAGAAAGACGGCUCGCCCGAGGCGCUCGUGUCAGUCGACCUGGACUCGGGCCUGGACAGUGCCAGCGUCCUCGACGGCCUCACAGACAAGCUCGACGGGUACUGCAUCCCCAGCCCCCUGCACGUCCUCACGGAGCCGCUCGCCAAGACCGCCGACGGCGCGGUCGACUUUGCGCGCAUCGAGGCCGAGAUCCAGGCGCGCGCCGCGUCGCAGCUGUCGCCCACCGCGCUCGUCGUGCGCGACGUCAUCGCGCGCCUGCUCGACCUCGACCCCGGCGCGGUCACGCUCGACUCGGACUUCUUCCUGCUCGGCGGGAACUCGCUGCUGCUCGGCCGGCUCGCGCACCACCUCCGCAAGGAGACGGGCGCCGCGCUGCAGGUGCCCGCGAUCUUCACGAACAGUAGCGUGCGCGGCAUCGCGGCGCUCGUCGAGGAGCAGGAGGCGCAUAUGAGCAAGACGGCGCUCAAUUCGAGCAGGGCGAGCGUCGUGGAGAAGGGCAGGUAUGAUUUGAGUGAGAGUAGCAGUAUCGAUUUGGAGAGUUUGGGGUAUGGCGCGAGGGAGCGCGGCAGCCGCGGGCAGACGCACCCCGUCUCGCUCUUCGUGCAGGCGCUCCCGCUGAUGUUCUUCUACCCGCUCAAGGCCGCGUGGACGUGGACCGUGAUCGUGUUCAUGCUCUCCGUGUUCGGCAACUUCAUCGACGCGGGCUACUGGAUGAAGAUCGGGUGCCUGCUCGGUGCGAUUGUCACCGCGCGCUUGUCGGCGCGUAUUAUCUCCCCCGUCGCGGCGAUCCUGUUCAAGUGGGCCGUCAUUGGCCGGUACAGGCCAGGUACGUACCCGAUGUGGGGCUCGUACCACCUGCGCUGGUGGAUCGUCAACCAAAGCCUGCGCGUCGCCGGCCGCGGUGUGUUCUCGAUGCACCCCGCGCUCGAGCUCCUGUACUACCGGCUGCUCGGCGCGAAGAUCGGGCGCGACGUCAAGCUCGACAAGAUGGCGCGGCUGCACGAGGUCGACCUGCUCACGCUGCACGACGGGUGCCGCAUCGACAAGGCGCUCGUGCGCGGCUUCUGCGUCGAGCGCGACGGGUUCUUCAAGCUCGACCGCAUCGUGAUCGGCGAGGGCGCGGUCGUGAACACGUACACGCAGAUCUCGCCGGGCGCGUCGAUCCCCGCGGGCGCGGUCUACGGCCCGCACGCGUCCUCGCACGAGGAGGCCGCGUCGGAUAAGAACGCGAGCUGCAACCGCACGAUGGCGCGCAAGCCGCACGCGGCGCUGCAGUGGCUCGUGUGCCACCCGGUCGUGUUCCUCGUCAAGUUCGCGAGCUACCUCCCGUGGUUCGCGGCGCUGUUCGCGCUGCUGUCGCAGCCCAUCGACAAGGAGAACCUGAAUACGCUCGAGCUGGUCAUCAAGUGGUUCGCGAGCCCGCAGCGGAUUAUGUGGCAUGCACUUGCGAGGGUCAUCCGUGUUGUGUUCCCGCCGCUGAUCCAGCUUGUCCUCGGUAUUGCGGUCAAGCGCGCUAUGGGCUUGAACAAGGAGGGCCUGAUGGAGCAGGCGUCCCAGUGGACACUUGUUCGUCGACAGAUUAAUCACUCCCUGCUCUCACAGCGUGACCUCAGCCGUGCGUUUGAUAUCCUGGGUACCCAUUAUGAGAUGACGUCGCGGGUUUUCCGCGCGAUGGGAGCCAAGAUCGGCAAGCGCGUGUACUGGCCUGGCUCCGGUGUGUACUGUCCCGAUCCGGAGCUGCUCGAGGUCGGCGACGAUGUCGUGUUUGGCUCGCGUUCUGAGCUGUUCACGUCGGACUGCAUUGGGGCUGAGAGGAUUGUUAUCAAGAGCGGCGCCAUGAUUGCAGACCGCGUUGUGUUGCUUCCUGGCACGACCGUUGGGAGGCGCACGGUUAUGGGGUCGGGCGCGCUGGGUAAGCGUAACGGCGUCUACGAGGAUGGGUCGGUGUGGAUGGGAUGCGACCACGGUGAGGCGGUAUGCUUCGGCCGGGGUGGUAAGGAUGUCAGCGGUGACACCAUCACACCCUUUGGGAGGGCGUUCUACAGGCGUGAAGCGCCGUUCUUCGUCUUCCCGUACCCGAUGCUCCUUGCGAUCAACCUGCUUACCGCGGGCGUCUGCGCUGGGUUCUGGUCUAUGGGUGCUAUUGCUGUCACGCAGGCGCUCAAUCAGCUGCGAAUCCACCUCCACCACGUUCAUCUCUUCGCUGAGACGUGGUAUCGGUUCUUUGUGCUCUUUGGUAUGAUCUCUGUCUUCUUCGUCGCCGCGCUCAAUAUCCAGGCCUGGAUCGCCUUGAGCUGGGUGAUCUUGACCAAGUGGAUCGUCAUUGGCCGGCGGCAAGAGGGCCAGUAUGACUGGGACAAGAGCAACUACUGCCAGCGCUGGCAACUCCACCUCGUGCUGUCUCGUAUCUUGCACAGGAGCUACGGUAACGGUGGUGUUCUCGGAAAUAUUACCGGCUCGGCCUACAUUGUGUGGUUCUACCGGGCCCUAGGCGCCAAGAUCGGCAAGGAUGUCGCUCUGUUCGCUGGCGGGAGGGUCGGGUUGAUGACCGAACCUGACCUCCUGGAGAUCGGUGACCGCGUCUGUCUGGACGACUGCUCGGUCGUGGCCCACAUCAAUUCUCGAGGGAACUUUUCGCUCAACAAAUUGAAGAUCGCGGAUUCAUCCGCCAUGCGCUCCGGGUCUCGUCUCCUGUCUGGAGCAUCCAUGGAGGAGAAUUCGAUGCUGCUGGAACACACCCUCCUGACCUCGGGAGAGAUCGCCGAGAAGGACUGCGUCUACGCUGGGUGGCCCGCGAAGCCCAUCGAUUACUUCCGCCUGGCCAGCUACUACGACCUCGAGAAGCAUCACGACGAGCUGGAAGGGGAGAAGAGGCGUCUGGAAGAGAUGCUGCAGAAGACAGAAGACAUGAUGUCAAGAGUGCGGAGAGGGAUGAAGGAUAUGAAGGGCGAGUCGCGCAAUGUGUCCCGGAGGUCAAGCCAACGCCAACUUCGACUGCCGUCAAACCAAUAGAUCAUCGCUAUCGUGCAACAUAGAGGAUCGCUUUCAUCGCUAUAGUUUAAUUCUUUCUUUCGUUCGCCCAUUUGUAUAUGCUGCUGUGCCGCUUUGCUGACAUCUUUCGUUUAACCUAACCUACGCUUUAUUGUCGUAACUUACAUUCUUUCGCCGGCG